AUGGUGCGACGCUUACAACGACAACUGCCGUUUUUGCGGAGCGUGUUGCGCGAAGCCGACCAGCGCGUGAGACGGGAACGAUUGCAGCACGCCAAUGCCGAUCAAGUCAAUGCCAUCAGUGAGUUGGUGAUGAACACCUUGAAAGGGCAUGUGGCCGUCCCGCCUCGACUCUUGGAUCAGUUGCGUCCGCACAAGCAAGCCUUGCGCGACAUGGCGCGUCGCAAGCAUUCCAUAAAACGGCGACGGCAGGUCAUGAUGACUCAAACCGGGGCGGGCAUGUGGCACGCUUUGGAUCGCGUGUGUCGUUGCCUGUCAAGAUGAGUCAUGGACCGUACCAGAAAAAGUACGUGGUGUCCCCGGAGGACAUGGAGCGGUUGGUGGACCAUUACAAAGGUGCGUUGAUGGAGAAUUCGCGGUUGACGCAUGCUGCGCGGUUGGCGGCCAAACAACACGUCUUGCUGGCCUCCCCCAACAUCCCGCCGGCCACCAAAAAGAUCCGCGUCAAAGCCCUGGGACCCGCGGUGCGUCGAGCCACCAAACGCGUGCGGACCAUGGCGUUGCCAGGAGCCGGAGGGGCCGCGGCGGGGGCCGACGACGACGGCGACGAGUUUGCCCAAGGACCCAUGGAGACCUUCUUGAAAACACUUAUAAAAAGCAGCACGCCCCCACCCAAGGCCACACCCAAAGGGAAACCGAAGGUCCCACCCAAGCCGAAGUUCAAGACGCCCACCUUGGUCCCGUUACCGGAGGACGAUUGGGAAGAGGAAUUGGCGGAGCCCAUUCCGAGUACGUCCAAGAGCAAAGGCAAGUCCCCGGCGACCAUCCCGAAGAAAAAAACCCGCUUCAGUUAUCAUCUCCCCAAGGCUCACAAAGAAGCGCAGAAGUUGAGACCUCAACCCGGCUGGAGCGUGUGGGGAGAAAAGGUGCAGCGGAAACUGGAUGGCAAGGACUACUAGACGCCGCCGACGCCGCGCGUCGCGCCGUGGCCGCCGCCGCCGCAUGGUCGGUCGGGGGUUGGACGUGCAAAAAUGGUUGGGCAAGACCGGCAUCGAAUUUCAUUGGCCCGGGUACCAAUACAUGGGGCCAGGUACCCAUUUGGAGAAACGCCUGAAGCGCGGGGAUCCCGGCAUCAACCGAUUGGAUCGCAUUUCCAAACAACACGACAUUGAUUAUUCUCGCGCGCGCAAUCUCCAGGACAAGUGGAAAGCCGACGACAAGAUGAUUCGGGCCAUCACGAACCUCCCGGGGAAAAAGACCCUAACCGAAGGCAUCGUGAAAAAAAUCAUGCAAGCCAAACGCAAAUUGAAACUGUAA